CGGGAAUCACCUAUGGAAAGCAGCACGCGCGUCUUUCGGCAUCAUCAGCUAAACACACGCGGGACGCAGCCGCGACAUGCAAGAGUAGACAUCAAUAUCUGAUAGAAAUAUGCAGACACGCGCACAGAAGCAGAACUCGUCAAGAAAAGGUGUAAGUGAAUAUGAGAAGAAAAAAAACGGAGGAGAGGAACCUGUUAUUCAGAUAGAUAUCCAGCCCCCACAGACACCAAUUAAAAGGCAGAGCGAAGAUAAACUGUUAUAUGUUAAUGGUCGCAGUUGCAAGGAAGACGCCAACCUUCAUGGUAUAAAUGGAAAUGCUGAGAGCGGUAAGAUCAUCAGUGCCAUAUGCUCUGCAAAGCAUGUGGGUCACGUCCUGCCUAAAAGCCUUUACAGUGGGAAAGGCAGUGGUGGUGGAAAAAAGAGGCAGCCCAAGGUGACUGAUCAAUGGAUUCAAGGUAAAUAUCCAUGUAAAGAAUGUGGCAAGGUUCUAGAGAGCAGAAUGGACCUUGUGAAGCAUUACCAGGUGGCACAUCGUCAUUCGCGUCCAUUCAAGUGCCAUGUAUGUGGCAUGUGCUUCGAUGCGCCAGCCAAACUGAAAUGUCACAUGCGCUCACACUCCGGAGAGCGUCCUUUCACCUGUGACAUCUGUAAUAAAGCUUUUACUCAGAAGGGCUCUCUGAACACCCAUAUGAUACGGCACAGUGGUGUGAAAGCAUAUAAGUGUGAGGAAUGUGGCCGAAAGUUUGCCAGAUGCGCCGACUUGAAUUCACACAAAAAAACUCACACCGAGGAGAAACGGCACAGCUGCAACGAAUGUGGUAAAAAAUUCAGAAGAGGAGAGCACUUGCGCCAACAUUUACUAAUCCAUACUGGAGAGUUACCAUAUUCCUGUACACACUGUGAUAAAAAGUUUCGUAUUCCUAGUAACCUUGCUAUUCAUCGGCGCAUACACACAGGAGAAAAACCUUACAAAUGUCCUGAAUGUGGAGUACGCUUUAGACAGUGGAGCGCCUUGAAAGGACAUCUUGAAAGUGUGCACUCAGGUGAACGGCCUUACUCUUGUGAACGCUGUAGUAGCAGCUUUUCACGUUUUAUUUAUCUUCGUAAUCACAUGCUAACUCACACCAACAGCAGACUAUUUGUCUGUGAGCAGUGUGGUCAUUUUUUCAAAAAUCGGAGUAAUUUGGAUGUCCACCGAGCUGUGCACUCAAACGACAGGCCGUUUAAGUGCUCGCUGUGUGACAAGAGCUUUAAACAGCCUCAAGGGCUGAAAACACAUAAGCUCGUUCACACUGCAGAGCGUCCACAUCGGUGCGUGAUCUGCAACAAAACAUACCGCAGCACAGCAGGACUGCGUGGACAUAUGUUUAGUCACACAGGUGCACGUCCAUAUACUUGCAAGGAGUGUGAAAAGAGCUUUAGAGAUCCUGGUGCCCUAAAAAGACAUGCCAUAACACACACGGGGGAAAGACCUUAUAAAUGUAAGCUUUGCCCCAAGGCAUAUUCCCAGCUUUCAGGCUACAAAGCUCAUAUGCGUGUGCACACUGGCGAAAAGCCCUAUAAAUGCACCUAUUGCUCCAAGACUUUCCGCUAUCAGAACAGUAUGAAAGCCCAUGUUUUAUUCCACACAGGACAGGCUCCUUUCCCCUGCCCAGAAUGUGGAAAACUAUUUAAGCAAACUAAUAGCUUAAAAAAACACAUGAAAACAUUUGGCCACAGUGACAAAAGGCAAUCUGAUACCAAUAAAGUGAAGAGACAAAACGGACACAUGUAGAAAGCAUAUGAUUGGGUUUUGCUGUAUCAAGUCUAUAACAUCUUUUACCACAUGAAGUGCAGAUGUCACUAAUUAAACAACCAAAGAUAGAAAUUGAAGUGUUUGUGUGUUAAUUAAUAUGCACAUCGGCUAUAUGUUGCACAUAUCCUAUAUCUAAAGAAAGGGUGUGUCAUAGAGUUUCUUAGUACAUGUAAAACAUGUUUUGUUAAUCAAAGAUUAAUGUUGACACCAGGCACCAAACAUUAAUGUACUUACAGCUAAAAACAAAAUCUUAAAUAGAAUCUUAUUCUUCUGUAAGUUUUCAGAGGUGUAGAUAAGAUGUGCCUUAUGGAAGUUAUGUUUCUACUGAAGCUGUAAAUGUAAAUGUGCAGAUCUCACUGAUAU